ACAGUCACCUCUAGACAAGAAGACAAAACCCUCUCAAAUUCAGUCCAUCGAAGUAGACCCACCACAGCUAACUCUAAACCAGGCAUGGAGACAGAUGAGGUGACAUACUCUGACAUCACCAUCAUCAAAACAGAAAAUGCCAACCAGAACGGAAACCACAGUGAUGAAGAGGGAGCAAAUGUCAUCUACUCGCAAGUCAAUGUGCUGAAAAAUGUCCCAGCGAAUGAUCUGGACCCUGCAUCUGACUCUGGUGACUUUUCUGAGCCGGCCAAACACGAUCCUUCUAACUCCUCAGCAAAGUCAUAUUCAGAGAAAGAGAGCCCUGCAUGCACAUCUCCUAGAAGCACAGCACUGCUACUGUCUAUUUGUGUUGUCCUGUUGGCCGUUGCUGUUACAAUGGGAGGGCUCUAUAUUAUGAAAGAGGAGAAGUACUCAGGUGUUAAAGAGCAGUUAGACACACUGAGGAUGGAGCACACUAAUGUGACUUUGGCUUUGAAUGCUACUCAGGCUAACAUGUCAGAAACUGAAAGGAUGUUAGCUGAUCAGAAAAACAAAAAUGAUAAUCUCACCAAGGAAAUCACAAAACUAACAACUGAGCUUCAAGGAGUGAGGAGGUGUGCAGAUGACUGGGAGUACCAUAAUGGAUCAUUUUACCACUUCUCCUCUGAUAAGAAGAACUGGACAGAUAGCAAAGAUGCCUGUGUGACCAUGGGGGGACACCUGGUCAUCAUAAACAGUGCAACAGAAAUGGAAUUCCUCAAGGACGAGAUAAACAGCAACACAAAAAGUUUUUGGAUUGGUCUAACUCAGGAUCCUCCAGAGGGCAGAUGGCAUUGGUUGGAUAAUACAACCUUCCCAGACAUGUUGCCUUUUGGUGGCAGCAACGGGUGA